AUGGGUGAUUCGAGGCGAAUAAGGCUAACAUUCGGAGGAAGGAGUUUGGGCAGCGGUGGAGGUAGCGGCGGAGGCGGGGCGGUGGCGGAUUCGACGGCGAGCAGGAGACAAUCAUCUUGUUCAGCACCGCUUCAGCCCGAGCAGCAAUACGGGUCUACUAGUGGUUGGUCGGGAGACCCACAGUCUGGUAGUAGUCGGCCCUUGUACUCUGCAAGUGGAGCACCCAUAUCUGACGAGGAAGACAAAUGCUCGGCUAGUCAUGCUGAUGGCCGUGAUAAAGAACCGGACCCUCGGGAUUACCAUACGGUAUAUAGGGGUCAGUUUGGGAGAUUUGUUGGUAGUGGAUCGAGUCAGCCUACUACCAGCUCUGCAGAGGCAUGGUUAGUGCAGGAACCGAUGCAGGGUGGUCCUGAGGAUGGGACUAUUAUCCCUAGUUUUGGUGGUCACGUGGCACGAUAUAUCUGGAUCGAGCAGGAGCGUAGUGUUUUGCGCUGUUUGAGUAGGACAAAGUUAUGUUCUAACUUGUUUACUUGGCGAGGUCGUCAAUCUGUGGAGGACCUCGGGGCGAUUGAUGCUAGUUGGUUGUCUCACUUGCCCGCCCUGAUGUUUAAAAGACUUGAUUGGCCGCUGAUUUCUGCUUUUGUUGAGAGAUGGCAGCCAGAUACGAACACCUUUCAUAUGCCAUUUGGGGAGAUUACGAUCUUGCUGCACGACGUGUACAACAUACUUGGGUUACGUGUCGAAGGCAAUAUGGUCACCACUACUCCUAGCACGGACGUGUUACGGGACGCGUGCUCGAUCACCAUGGAUAUGACUCCAGAUGAUUUGUCUGAGAUUUGCGGCACAAAGACAAUUUGGCAGGGUAGUGGGGUGUUGACUGAUAAGAUUUUUGAGUCGACAUUGGCGGUUGACCGGGAGUUUAGUGAUCAGCUUAAUGGAUACUUGUGGUUAGUGCUUGGAGGUACACUGUUUGUAGACAAGAGUGGUAACCGUACGCAUCCUUCCUUCCUCCACGAGCUAUGUUAUAUGGAUGUCCCUAUUAACGAGUAUGCUUGGGGAACAGCUGUACUGGCUUACUUGUAUCGACAACUAGGCACGACAUCACGGAAAGGUGCUGAUUCGAUUGCUGGUUGUCUCACGCUUCUGCAAGCAUGGAUUUACGAGUACUUUCCGUGCUUUCGGCCACAGCAGGGUACCUUGACCCGGGACCUUCAAAUGCCUCGUGCGUCUGCUUGGGAUGUUGGAGCGGGACGUCCUAGCAAGAACCUGGAGCGCCUGUUAUCUUUUCGUACUAGAAUUGAUGCACUUACUGACCGUGAGGUGAACUGGCUACCGUACGGAGCUGAUCCUGCAUUACGAGUGCCCCCACUUUAUUCAUUAGCUGCAUCCAGUAUCGUAACAUCAUUGAGCCGUACAUUCCUGAUAGAGUGGUGCGACAGCUUGGUUUCGUGCAAGGCGUUCCCCGCAAGAAUCAGGCCAGAGAAGGCCAAGAGGCCGACUAACUUGAAAAUGUAUCGGGUAGACUUCCCGACCGAGAUGACAGAUGUGAUGUGGAAGAGGUUUGUCCCUAGGGUAUCUCAGAGUGUAGUUUUAGGUGCCCUCACCAGGCUUAGUGCUACAGCUCCUUCGGUUGCGCCUGGUUACAUGCAGUGGCUGUACAGGUUUUCUCACCCGCGGGUAUCUCCAGGUGCAGGAGUUACAAGCAACCUACCUGAGCGAACUAACACUGAUUAUAUUAAAAGCAAGUACAUUUCAAAUUAA